AUGAAGAUGAGUAAUGAGACUUUGGGAGGUGAUUUCAUACUGGUGGGCUUCUCGGACCAGCCACAGCUUGAGAAGAUUCUCUUCGUGGUUGUGCUGAUCUCCUACCUCCUGACACUGGUGGGCAACACAGCCAUCAUCUUAGUCUCCAGUCUGGAUCCCAUGCUCCAUACACCCAUGUAUUACUUUCUUACCAAUCUUUCCUUUGUUGAUCUCUGUUUUACCACCAGCAUUGUGCCCCAACUUCUGUGGAACCUCCAUGGGCCAGAUAAGACAAUUACUCCUAUAGGUUGUGCUAUUCAACUCUAUGUGUCUCUGGCACUGGGAUCCACUGAGUGCGUUCUCUUAGCUGUCAUGGCAUACGACCGCUAUGCUGCCGUGUGCCGACCACUUCAUUAUGUCACUGUUAUGCACCCACGACUUUGUCAGUCACUUGCAGGAGUGGCAUGGUUGAGUGGAGUGGGCAACACCCUGAUUCAGGGCACCAUCACCCUUCGACUGCCCCUUUGUGGGAACCGGAAGAUUUACCACUUCAUCUGUGAAGUACCUGCCAUGAUCAAGUUGGCUUGUGUAGACAUUCAUGCCAAUGAGGUCCAGCUCUUCAUGGCUUCCUUGGUACUGCUCCUCCUGCCCCUGGCCCUAAUCUUGGUCUCAUAUGGAUACAUUGCCCAAGCAGUGAUGAGGAUCAGAUCAGUCCAAGCCUGGCGUAAAGCCCUUGGGACUUGUGGGUCCCACCUGUUGGUAGUGUCUCUUUUCUAUGGGACCAUAACGGCUGUCUAUAUUCAGCCUAAUAGCUCCUAUGCCCACAGUCAGGGGAAGUUUAUAACCCUGUUGUAUACGGUAGUAACUCCCACCCUAAAUCCUCUCAUUUACACUCUGAGAAACAAAGAUGUAAAGGGAGCUUUGAAGAGGCUGGUGGGAAAAUAUUAG